AUGGAUAGCAUUCUGAAGCUGAUAGGGAGUUGUCUCUGUUAUGAACAUGUAUUCUCUAGAUAUACCGUCCCUGAAGUUACCAUCAAUGGAGAGAAAUAUAUUGUCAACGAAUUAAUAGCGGAAGAUAACGAUUGCUAUAAAUAUACUAUCACAUCACAGUCUAGUUUAAACAGUGCAAGAGCAAACCCAUCAUCGGGAAGUGAUAAUAAUGGAAAUAAAUAUAUACUAAAGAGAGUUAAUUGUUUUACAAUGGAAGAUUUGAAAAUAGCCCUAACAGAAAUCAAUUACUACAAUACUUUUGAUUGUAAGUAUAUUAUGAAGCUAGUAGAUUCACAAAUACUUCAGCAAUAUAACGGAUUGAUUCAUGGUGUGCCAGAAAUUUCCAAUGGCAGUAGUUUAACAUUGGGGUCCUCUUACUCAAGUACUUCAACUAAUAACAUAUCAAAGGUUUGCAAUAUUGUUUUCCCAUAUUUUCCACUAGGUACAAUAGACGAUUUGAUGAACAAAAGCAUUAUAAAUAACGACUUUGUGCUCAAUGAAAAUGAAAUAAUAGAAAUUCUGUUAGGGGUAGCGAGAGCACUCCAGUAUUUGCAUAAUCCAGAGUUAAGAAACGAAUCUCAUCACAUAGAACCAUCAAAUAAUAUAAAUACUACAGUUAACGAUACUUAUAAAACCACAACUCCAAUAUUGAAAUCGGAUACACCAUUAGAGCAUAUACUUAAUGAAUCUGAGACUGUUUCUUCAGGUUCUAAUUUCAACAAUAACGUUUAUAUAGGCAUGAAUCUAUCACCAUUUAAUAUAUUUAUUCAAAAAAAUCAACAAAAUGAUAAUGAAGAAUAUGAAUUUACUCCUGUUAUAGGAGAUUUAAGUUGUUGCAUAAAGUCCUCGGAAAUUUGCAAUUCAAUCCAAUUUAAAGAGUGGCUAGAUCGUAUUGGACAUGUUGAGUACAAAGCUCCAGAGCUAAUUCAAAAAAAUAUCGAAGUAAUUUCAACAAAAUCAGAUAUAUGGUCUUUCGGCUGUCUAACAUAUGCACUCAUUUAUGGAACCUCACCAUUUAAAAGAGAGGAAGAAUUAAGGGGGUCAUCACUAUCUUAUUCAGUCAAUAUAGGUAAAUUCAGUUUUCCCGAGAAAGCUGAAAAAUAUACUGACACUGCAUUCACGAAGUUAAAUGAACUAAAUGAAUUGAUAACUAAGUGCCUGAAAGUGGAUCCAAAUCAGCGUCUGGACACCACUAGUGUAAUUGAAUUCAUCACUACACUGUAG